UGUAGCUCUAAACCCUAAAAACCUCAACUUUAUUCUUCUUCUUCCUCCUCCGCCUCAAUCGCACGGAGACGUUUGAUCUAAUAUGGCGGAACUAAAGCUAUCCGAGAGUCGGGACUUAACCAGAGUCGAGCGAAUCGGCGCACACUCACACAUCCGAGGACUGGGUCUCGACUCAGCUCUCGAGCCGCGAGCUGUCUCCGAAGGAAUGGUCGGUCAAGUGAAGGCGCGUAAAGCCGCCGGUGUCAUACUUCAGAUGAUUAGGGAAGGUAAAAUUGCAGGUCGGGCUAUUCUAAUAGCGGGUCAACCCGGAACUGGUAAGACCGCAAUUGCUAUGGGUAUGGCGAAAUCUCUUGGCUUGGAGACUCCUUUUGCGAUGAUUGCAGGAAGUGAGAUUUUCUCUUUGGAGAUGUCCAAGACUGAAGCUUUGACUCAGUCUUUCCGUAAAGCUAUCGGCGUUAGGAUCAAAGAAGAGACUGAGGUUAUUGAAGGUGAAGUUGUGGAGGUUCAGAUUGAUAGGCCUGCUUCUUCUGGUGUUGCUUCCAAGUCUGGGAAGAUGACUAUGAAGACCACGGAUAUGGAGACUGUGUAUGAUAUGGGAGCGAAGAUGAUUGAAGCUUUGAACAAGGAGAAAGUGCAGAGUGGUGAUGUCAUUGCCAUUGAUAAGGCUACUGGGAAGAUUACUAAGCUUGGAAGAUCGUUUUCUAGGUCUCGAGAUUAUGAUGCUAUGGGUGCGCAGACUAAGUUUGUGCAGUGCCCUGAAGGCGAGUUGCAGAAGAGGAAAGAGGUUGUUCAUUGUGUGACUCUUCACGAGAUUGAUGUUAUCAACAGCAGGACUCAAGGGUUUCUAGCCCUUUUCACUGGCGAUACUGGAGAGAUCCGAUCAGAAGUCCGGGAACAAAUCGAUACGAAAGUAGCUGAGUGGAGGGAAGAAGGAAAAGCGGAGAUAGUUCCCGGUGUUCUGUUCAUUGAUGAAGUUCACAUGCUCGACAUCGAAUGUUUCUCGUUCCUCAACCGAGCUCUGGAAAACGAAAUGUCACCAAUCCUUGUCGUGGCUACAAACCGAGGAGUCACUACAAUCCGUGGCACGAACCAGAAAUCACCCCAUGGGAUCCCGAUCGAUCUCCUUGACCGUCUUCUCAUCAUCACUACCCAACCUUACACAGACGAAGACAUAAGGAAGAUCUUAGAGAUCCGUUGCCAAGAAGAAGACGUUGAGAUGAAUGAAGAGGCCAAACAGCUUUUGACAUUGAUCGGACGUGAUACUUCUUUAAGGUAUGCGAUUCAUCUUAUCACCGCGGCUGCGUUGUCUUGCCAGAAACGGAAAGGGAAAAUCGUGGAGGUUGAGGAUAUACAGAGAGUUUAUCGAUUGUUCUUGGAUGUGAGGAGAUCGAUGCAGUAUCUUGUUGAGUAUCAGAGUCAGUAUAUGUUCAGUGAACCAAUCAAAACCGAUGAAGCUGCUCCAGAAGACGAACAAGACGCUAUGCAGAUCUGAGGAUCCCAUCUCUGUUUGCCUAUGUAUUUGGUGUUUUAUGAUGAUAUCUAUGAUUAGGAUGUUGAACUCGGCGGAUUUAUGUUUGGUCUCCUUUUUUAAGUUCUGUUAGACUAGAUCAUGAUCGAGUAAUCAAAACUAUGGAUCCGGUUUGGUACAAAUUUUGAUUUUGUUUUUAA